AUGUCCUGCAACAUCCCGUGCAUGCCCUGCCUGCCCUGCCAGCCCUGCGGCCCGACCCCGCUGGCCAACAGCUGCAAUGAGCCCUGUGUCAGGCAGUGCCAGGACUCCACCGUCGUCAUCCAGCCCUCCCCCGUGGUGGUGACCCUGCCCGGCCCCAUCCUCAGCUCCUUCCCGCAGAGCACCGCCGUGGGCUCCUCCACCUCCGCUGCCGUUGGCAGCAUCCUCAGCUCUGAGGGAGUGCCCAUCUCCUCCGGGGGCUUUGGCCUCUCCGGCUUGGGCAGCCGCCUCUGCGGCAGGAGGUGCCUCCCCUGCUAA